AUGGCGAACGUUGAGGAGACGGCGACCGAAAACGACAGCGAGAAUUAUGAUAUGCCUCCACCUAAUCUUCCGACAAAACCUCCAGACCAGGCAAAAAUUGCAAAGGAAGAAUCAAAAUCAAAACCUUUAUCAAAAGAAAAGAAGGAAUCGGUGCCAGAAUUGCCCUACAAGGAACCAUCGUGGAGUGGUAUCCCAGACGAAUUCUACAACUUGGAAGUUUUGAAGAAUGGAUGCAUAAUAACAAAUGUUGAUCUCACUAGUAAACCUUUUCAUGUGUUUGGAAGGCUUCCUAAUUGUGAUGUUAGCUUAGAACAUCCUUCGGUUUCUAGAUACCACGCGGUGAUUCAGUACAAGACGAGCGAUACCUCAAAUAGCGAGAAGGGUUUUUACCUUUAUGACCUUGGUAGCACACACGGAACAUUCGUCAAUAAGUCAAGACUUGAAUCUAAACGUUACUAUAGACUGCGUGUAGGAUAUGUGAUUAAGUUUGGGGGAAGCUCCAGAUUAUUUAUUCUCCAGGGCCCUGAAGAUGGUGAAGAAUCUGAUUCAAAUGCUGCUAUACAAACAGACAGACAAACAGAAGUCAGGAGCAGUGAAGUAGGCAGAGUUAUGACCGAAGAGGAAUAUGAAGAAUGGAAGAAAGAAAGAGAGGGAGGAAAACAAAAUGAAGAAGAUACAGGAAUUGAUUGGGGAAUGGGGGAGGAUGCAGUUGAAGAGCCUGCAUAUCCACCUGAUUUUGGUGAAACUGAGAAGGCUGAGGAGCAUCAUUUCAAAGAUCCUAAGAAGACUUUGAGAGGAUUCUUUGAAAGAGAAGGGCUGGAGUUAGAGUAUGAUGUGGAAGAGAAAGGUCCAGGUCAUGCAAAAGUUUUUCACUGCAGAGUAAAAUUGCCAAUAGAUGGGCCAAGUGGUGAUCCUCUUUAUGCCGAGGCUGCUAUCACAGGAAGGAAGAAGGAAGCAGUAUUGGAGUGUGCAAAGGAGGCAUGUCGAAUGCUGGAUGCUGCUGGCCUCCUGAGACAGUCCUCUCAUGAGAGUAGGAAACACAAAGAGAAAAAUUGGGAAGAAAAUGAUUUUUAUGACAGUGAUGAAGACAAUUUCUUGGAUAGAACUGGAUCAGUUGAGAAGAAAAGAAUACAAAGAAUGAAGCGUGCCGGUAAAGAUCAGUCCACCACAGAAACUUAUGAAUCUUUGACUUCAAAGCUUCAGAUGUUGGAUGAUGAAAUUUCAGAUUGUGAGAGUAGAUUAAAGCAAGAUGCAGCUGGUAAAAAUGGUUCAAUGUCUGGAGAUGCUGACUCUUUGGAUGAUUUCAUGAGCUCACUUGGAACAUCACUAGACAAGACAACAAGGACUCAGAUCAGAAGAAAAAUAUUUGACCUGAAAAAGGAGAGACAAAGACUGGUCAAACUUGUUAAUAUUGCCAAGCCAGCUAAUCUUCCACCAGUUGCAGAGCAAGCACAUGAUAACAAUCUCAAAAAGUUGAGCACAGAAUUUGAAAGUAAAGCUGCUGACUCUUCAUCAAGUAAGACAGCAGAUAUAAACACAGAUUCUAGACACAUAUUCCCAGCUACACUAGAGAAAGAAAAAGAAACCAAAAGGUCAGCUGAUAAGGAACAUUUACAUGAAAAGGUACUCAGGGACAACAGUCAAUCACAUCCUACAGAACAGAAAGAAUUUGCUGUUCCUGUUUUGCCUGCUUUGGGUGGAAGGAAAAAAAAUAAAAAAAAGAAGGAUGUUGUAGUGCCAUCAGACAGUGACAAGACUGUAGACGUAGAAGAAACAGAAAAGUUUGGGCAAGAAGAAGAUGGGGAGAGUGAACUAGGAAGGAAAAGAGUCAAUUCAGAUGGAGCGAUGGACAUGCAGGAAGAUGAUAAGAACAGAACAGAAGAAAAUAAUGAAGAUAUUCCAAAAAAGAGAAGAAAGAUGAAGAAACGGUCAUAUGGUGUGCCCACACAAUGGCAGGCUGAUAGUGACCCUUCAUUUACUGCAUGGAUGCCUCCUGAAGGUCAGACAGGGGAUGGAAAAACACAUUUGAAUGAAAAGUUUGGCUACUGACAAGUCUUUAAAUGAAUAGAGAGCAGUUUCAUAACAAAAUGUGUCUCAGUUGAUUUAUUUUCAAUGUGUAGUAGUUUUGACAUCAGCAGUAGACUGAAACCCAGGUUGCUCAUAAAGAAUUUGAGGACCUUGGUUUUCAUCAGUGUCCAUUUUCUUGUAAUUCUAACCUAACCGCAACCCAAACCCCUUCAGUCAACUUUACAGAGCGUUUAUAGGAAAUUUGACUUCUGCUGACCCUCCUUCAGCCAGGUUACAUCUCUGACAAAAUGGUGGAAGACAGGGAAUUAACAGCCAUAAACAACCUGGUUAUGGUGUGUGCACACAUCUUCAAAUUAAGUUGUCAUGUCUCAUGUCAUGAGAAAAAGUUGUCCUGCCUGCCAGGGCUAGCCUACCUGCCAAAGUGAGACAACUCACCCCCCUUUCUCCCCUCCUCUAGUUGACCCACUGACCUGAGAUAAGUUGACAACCUCAUGUGAGUGGUGGACUGAAUUGUGUAAAGAAAUAAUUGAAAGGUUAGCUUGCCUAGCAUAACUCAGUGGGGGGGGGGGGGGUUGUUACAGUUACCCAAGAUCAUAUAAAUGGGGCCUUAAAAGGAUCAUAACAUUCUUUGCACAUGACACAAUGGAUGAUUGAUUUUGCAAUCCAAUAGGACAAGAAAUCUUCAGCAAGAUAUCUUUACUUGCUCAGUGUUUAACAGACUGUACAAAUGGCAUGUAGCAUGAUGCAUUAAGGGUGCAACUUAGACUUGUGUACAAAGCUCAUAAGAGGCUGUGGCCUGUUACAAUUGUACCAGUGAUAUGAGAUGUUUCUGUAAUAUUGGCUCCAAUUAAGCACACUGCUGUAUUAUCUUACAGAAAUAAAUUUUUAAGUGGCCAAUUAAUAUUAUCAACUCACUCAAUAAAACCAAAGUAUUUUCACUCAUAA